UCUUCUCCGAAAGAAUCGAAGAGGAAGCCAUCGAUCAAUUAAGCGCCGGAAUGCAAACGGACGGGAUGCUUGACGCCGUGAAAGUGCUUUGAUGCUGCCGCGUGCGGUAGUGGUCGGGAGGAGGGAGAGCGAGGCCCCACCUCCGACGCAGCUCCAGAUCUGCGAAGGAGACGCCGCACCCUUUUCCGGACCACCCGAGACGUCUCUCCUACCCGGUUCUUCUCGCCCGAAAGCUACCUGCCCUGCGAUUGGAGGUGCCACACUUGUCACCGUCCCAUCCUGCAGUCGCGAGGCGGGUGGACGCGCUGGUGUUCUGCAGUCAACAAGCGUUGCUCUUUGGAACUUUCGACUAAUUAGUCCAACGUCGUCUUCCCCAACCAAAUCCCUUUCCUUUGGCACGCUCUGACGCGGGUGAUGGAGAAAGAAAAGCUAGAAAACAAAAAGGAAUCGUCUUUCUUUUUGACUUAAGUCUGGAUUGCCAAUUAGAGAAUUAGGUUUCACGGCCACCUUUCGAUACUUUAGAACCUUCAUGGUCGCCAGCAACAGAAAAGCACCUCCUUUUCGGUAGAUGAGGAAUAUAAACAGGGGGAUAUGACACUGGAACGAAUUGAUCUGGGCUUCGAUUCUAACUAUUUUGUUGCUCGAUUUCCAUCUUCCUGAGGAAAAAUCUGCUGGUGACAAUUAAAAAUCUAGCUUGAUGGUUUGGUUAAACAAAAUCUUUAAAGGUUCCAAUCUUAAAAUUUCAGCUGGUCAGAGUCAUGGCAGUCAUGCAGAUGAUGUCUUUUGGACCGAACCCUCUAGUUCGAUAGAUGGCAGGCAGGGGUAUGAAGAUGAAGAUGUUGAUCAUGCUAUAGCAGUUUCACUAUCAGAAGAAGACCAGAGGGGCAAAGCUAUUGACAAUAAAUCUCAUCUGGAGGAAGAUGAACAGCUUGCAAGGGCUAUGCAAGAGAGUUUAUUUACAGAAUCUCCUCCCCAUCGAAAUGGCCAAGUUUAUCAACCUUAUCCUUUUUUCUUUCCUUCAUUCUCCAGGAGAUGUGCGGGAUGUAACAAAGAAGUUGGUCAUGGUCGCUAUUUGAGUGUUAUGGGUGCUGUUUGGCAUCCAGAGUGCUUUCGUUGCCAUGAGUGUAAUAAACCAAUAUAUGACCAUGAGUUUUCUAUGUACGAGAAUCAUCCUUAUCACAAGUCUUGCUACAGGAAACUGUUCCACCCAAGAUGUGAUGUCUGCAAGCAAUUUAUUCCAGAAAUUAGAGAUGGCCGAAUUGAAUACCGAGCUCAUCCUUUUUGGGGACAAAAGUACUGUCCUUUGCAUGAGCGUGAUGGCACUCCUAGGUGCUGCAGUUGUGAAAGGAUGGAGUCAAUGGACGCAAAAUAUGUGACUUUAGAUGAUGGCCGUAAGCUUUGUCUUGAGUGUCUUAAUUUUUCAAUAAUGGAUACAAGCGAGUGCCAACCCCUUUACCUUGAUAUACAAGAAUUCUAUGAAGGUUUAAAUAUGAAAGUGGAACAGCAGAUUCCAUUGCUUCUAGUUGAGAGACAAGCUCUUAAUGAAGCCAUGGAAGGUGAAAAGAAUGGGCAUCAUCACCUCCCUGAAACUAGAGGUCUUUGUCUUUCUGAAGAACAAAUUGUUAGAACUAUUUUGAGGAGGCCAAUAAUUGGACCUGGAAACAGACUCAUAGAUAUGAUAACAGGGCCAUAUAGACUGGUACGACGGUGUGAAGUAACAGCAAUUCUUAUACUCUAUGGGCUACCAAGAUUGCUAACAGGGUCAAUACUGGCUCAUGAGAUGAUGCAUGCAUGGUUACGCCUUAAAGGAUAUCGAAAUCUUGAUCCUGACGUUGAAGAAGGCAUCUGCCAGGUGCUGGCUCAUAUGUGGCUGGACUCUGAAAUAAUAUCAGGGUCAGGUAGUAAUGCUGCCUCCUCUUCGUCCACCAGGCCGUCGAAAAAAGGUGCCCGAACUCAGACCGAGAGAAAGCUAGGGGAAUUUUUCAAACACCAAAUUGAAUCGGAUGUUUCACCGGAAUAUGGAGAUGGGUUCAGAGCAGCCAAUAGAGCAGUCGAUCAAUACGGUCUCAGACGUACUCUCGACCAUAUUAGCUUAACAGGGAGAUUUCCAUAGUAACAAGCCUGAUUUCGGUUGGUGACAUCGAUCUCUUUUCUGCUACGGAAUUUGACAGAUAAAAGCUACAUAUGAUAAAAGCAAACGAAUAAUGUGAGUCCAGCCAGAUAAAAAGAAAGAGAGAAAUACAAAGGUACAAAGUAAAGCAGUUUGUUCCAUUUGGAAUUAUGAGAUCUUGAUGGGUUGAGUGUUGUUUUCAACAAUUCGCUAAAUUAUGCAAGUUUUAUAGACUCGUUUUGAACAUUU